CGUGAUUCAUGUUCUCUUAGGUCUCAGGUCAUAUGAUGAUAAAAUAACCCAGCACUGGGGCGACAUAAUUUGUAUUAUAUUUAUAAAUUUAUUUAAAAAUGCCUGUGUGUGGUCCAAAAUUGUCCCUUUGUGGCCUAAUAAUUAGUGUGUGGGGUGUUAUACAACUUGCUCUAAUGGGGGUCUUUUACUACAUCGGUGCAGUUGCCCUGUCAGAAGAUAUCCCGUCUGUGGAAUUUCAUGGUGAUUUAAGUGCAUUUUAUGCAGAGGUUGAUAAAGGUUAUCAUCAGAAUGCAUACAAUUGCUGGAUUGCUGCACUGUUGUACCUUAUAACUUUGGCCUUCUCGGCACAUCAGUUUUGGGCCAAUAAUCGAUCUUCGUUGAGUGUGUAAAUAUUUUAUUUUUAAAUUUAUCUGUAGAAAGUAAUUUUAAGAACUAUUGAGUUGAAAUUGAAACAAGUAGGUACAGUACUAAUUUUACUUUCAACUUGGUAGUUCAGUACUGUAUCACCAUUCCUUGUAUAUUUUCAUUUUAAAUGCGAAAUACUUUUAGUUAGUGAUUAGGAAGAAGGUAACUUUAUGGUUUUAUCAUUUUUUUUUCAGUUAGAAUAUCUUAAUAUUAUAUACUCUAUUUUACAGUCGCCGUGAGAAACAUAAAUCAAAAGGCCAAAGUAUUACUAGUACAUAAUGACUCCGUUCUUGACAAGUUCUUUUUGUGUUGAAUUUCUUUCAUCCUACCAAGUAAAAUAAUUUGUAAUUGAAAUAUUUGUAAUUUUUCGUUUCAAAUAAAUAUUUGUUUUGAAUA